AUGCAUCCCGCCAAGCUCAAGAAGAUCGACAUCAGCACCUUGUCGGAGGAGGAGCAGAAGCUCUUCCGACUGUAUGGUAAAUUGCCCACCCACAAGAAUGUCCUCACCAAGAUGCAGAAGGAUCGCAAGUACUUCGACUCUGGUGACUAUGCUCUGUCCAAGGCAGGCAAAGCCCCGCAAAAUACGGUCGGCACUGCGAUCCCCAACCCUGAGAAGUAA